AUGUUUAACAGCAGGAAGUGGAUUGAUGGUCCUUUUGUAAAAAGUCAUGAAGGCAUAGGGGCUCGUGCAAUUGUUCUAUUUGAAAAGAACUUUUGGAGUGAUGUUGCAUUUUGUGUGAAGGGUGUGAUGUCAUUAGUGUGUGUUUUGAGGGAGGUUGAUUCGGAAGUAAGACCUGUUAUGGGCUACAUAUAUGAAUUGAUGGAUGCCGCAAAGGAGACGAUUGCAUUUGGAUUGAAGAAGAACCCUAGACAUUAUCAACCAAUUUGGAACAAAAUUGAUGCAAGGUGGACUCCUCAACUACAUCAACCUUUGCAUGCUGCCGGAUAUUUUCUAAACCCUCAACUACAUUAUGAAGACAACUUCUCAAUUGUUUUAGAAGUCAAGAAAGGAUUGCAUGCAUGCAUGAAUAUAAUGAUGUCAUUUGAGGAUCGGCUAAGGGCUGAUAUCCAAUUGGAGAUGUUUGAUAAAUGCCUUGGAGAGUUUGGAAGUACGAUAGCAAUACAUUCCAGGAAGCUAAGAAGUCCAGCGAGUUGGUGGGAGCGUUUUGGAGAGGAAACACCUCAGUUGACAAAGUUUGAUAUCUGUGUACUUAGCCAAACAUGUAGUGCCUCUGGAUACGAGAGGAAUUGGAGUACCUUUGAGUCGAUUCACACUAAGAAAAGGAACCGACUUGAGCACGAAAGAUUAAAUGCAUUGGUUUACGUCAAGUACAACUCUUUACUAAGGGAAAGAAACAUUAGAAGACGAGUGAAGAAGUUUGAUCCCAUUUUAGUGGAAGAAAUCAAUUUUGAUGAUGAAUGGAUAUCAGAGGUGGAAGAUCCUAUAUUUCCAGAUGAUCUGGCUUGA